UAACAAUUAAACUGUUUCCGGGUUGCGGUAGGCGCCGUUUCAUACUCAUCGGUGAUAAUGUCCGUUGAAAACAGUUUUUAAUUUUGUUUCUUUAGACUACUUUACGCAUUUCAGUAACGUAUUCAUGUUUUCAAUUGGAUUAUCAAAACUCGGUUACAUUUAAAACGGACCAGAUGGAGGGAGGGGAGUGUGGGUUCCCACCCGAACCAUCGGAGCCCUCUCAGAGAGGAAGCGUUUCAUCAGCAGGCUUGCGCGCCCAGGAUGUGCUGGUGUACCUGGUGGGCGACAGUGCAGUACAUUUGACUGUGGAGAGUGUGGGCUGUGUGAACGUGCAGGAGCUCGGCCGCAGUGUCCGCGAGGCGCUCCACAUCCCAGAGACAGCGCAGGAGGCCUUCGCCUUUUGGCUCUGCUCCCCUCUACUCGAGUUGCAGUUAAAGCCGAAGCAUCAGCCGUACAAGCUCUGCCGGCAGUGGCAGGACCUACUGUACCGGUUCACAGAAGCCUCGGAAGAGGACAUCUCCCAGGAUGAACCCUGCCUACAGUACAGAAGGAAUGUAUUUUACCCUAAAGCCAAAGAGCUGCAGAUAGAAGAUGAAGGUGUUCUGAGGCUCCUGUAUGACGAAGCCAAGGCAAACAUUUUGGAGGGCCGGUACCCUUGUGACCCUGACCAGUGGCUGAGGCUGGGAGUGCUGUCCUGCGCUUUAGAGCUCGGGGUGGGCCUGGACGCCCCGGCGGCCACUGCUGCCAUCCGAAAGAAGAAGCUCUCCUCCUUCCUGCCUGCCCAUGUCACAGGAGGGGGAGGGGGCCUGCUGUCUGCUCUAAGGGGGAAAGGCGGGCGUCAGGCAGGGCUGGAGCAGAACCUUCUGGAAGAGUACCUCCAGCUCGCCAGCGCUGACGGCGGCGCCCAGGAACCCACCCAUUACCUGCGGCAGUACCUCAGCACCUGUCACUCGCUGCCUUACUACGGAUGCGCCUUCUUCUCAGGAGACAUCGACAAGCCCGUGCAGGGGAUCCUCCACAGGGGCGGCCGCAAGACGGUGAACGUGGGGAUCAGCCUGGAGGGAGUGUACGUCAUCGACGUGAAAGAGAAGCAUGUCCUCCUGGGCCUCCGCUUCUGCGAGCUGUCCUGGGACCACAGCUACCCCGAGGGCGAGGGAGACUCGCACAUCCUGUGGCUCGAGUUUGACGGGGAGGAGGCUGGCACACCUGUCAACAAGCUACUCAAGAUAUACUCAAAACAGGCGGAGCUCAUGAGCGGUCUCAUUGAGUUUUGUGUGGAACUGGGAGCAGCGGCGGAGGCGGAGGCGGCGGGGACGGACGGCGAGCUGGCGCCUUCCCAGCAGGCCCCUGGGGGGGCCGGGGCGAGCGGCAGGGGGAGGGGGGGGCGGCGCGGGAAGCUUCGCCGGCAGAGCAGCGUGGUGUGCAGCAGGGUGCACACCCUCAGCACCAUCAGCUACGUGGACGAUGGCAAAGAGAUCAAGCGUCUAAAGCCAAAGAGGGCGGCUUCCUUCUUCAGCAGGCAGGCGCCGGCCCCCAACUAUUCCGCCGUCCAAGUGGGAGAGAAUCUGGAGCAAGGGUGAGCCCGUGGAGACGGAGCUGCACCCCGGAGACCAAAAUCAGCGUCUGAACACUGACAUUCAGACGCAGAUAGUCACAGAAACUUAAAUGUAAAAAAAAAAAACAAAAAAGAAAAGAAAAUGGACCAACAAUUUGGCCGGAAAAUGAAAUAUCCAGUUUUGUUUAAUGUUUGAAUAUAUACUCACAGUUUUUAAGAUUUUGAGAUUCUUUGCAGGCUAAAGUUUGUUUCCUCGAUGUAGGUAUUGCAGAAAAACACCCACUGGUGUGAACAUUUGUUCACGUACAAAGACACUGGCAAAUGUAGGCAAAAAGGGUAUCUUAUCUUAUCUUAUAUCCUUGCUUGUCAAUUGAGUAGCACGCAAUCAUGACAGCAGUGCCUUCUAAUCUUCCCUUCGAUAGUUUAAAUGGGAUAUUGACUGUGGUCAUUGUACGGUGAAAUAUUACUGAUAGAAGUGCAAUCCCAAGUUCUCGAUAUCCAUUAAACUAUGCAAAUCUGAGAGGGGUUAGCCUCUCAUGAAAGGGCCCGUACUUCUGUCUGUGACUGCACAACAACAAAACAAGCUUACCUUACUCUCUGCUCCUGCCUACCCGUACCUCUCUUUACCUCCUCUGACACACUUAAACCUGGUCACUGCUGUUAUGGGAAAAUGCCUGUAUCCUUCUCUAGGACAGGUGUGUGUGUGUGGUUUAUGUAUAUAUUCCAUAAAACUGAAGGACAUAAUUUUUAUUCUAUAUCCAAAACUUAUGCAAAGCUAUUUGAGCUAAACUAGCGCCAAAUGAUCUGCUCUCAGCUCCAGAUAGCAUCUAUGCAUGUCCUUGGAUUGUUCACUACACGUUUACUGUACGCGCAUACUGAAAUACUUGUGCCGUUUAUUCUCUGUUGGCAUGUCCAAUCAAAUUAUAUUCCAAAAAAGGUGAAAGGAGGGAAAGGCAAAAAAUCUUUUUUUAAGAAUUGCACUUUUGAUACAUUUCUAAAUACUGUAAGCAUUUUGCAAAACAGUCAUUACAUCUUCAUUUUAUGUCGUCAUAUUUCAGACUUCAUUUUACAUUCAUGGCCAUAAACACAACUGAACAUGUUAAAACUGAAAACCAUUUUGUUUGCAGUAGUUUUACUAUGAUUUUGAAAAAGACCAAGUGCCUCUUGUAUGUGCAAUCAGUCAGCCACCCUGGGUUCAAAUGUUUGUCCGGCUGUCUUUAUCAAUCUAUGUCUGAAUUAUAUGAAAUAAUUCUGUUACUUCUAUCCUUUUGAGUUUUGUUGCAGACUCCUGCUAGUUGUAAUGAGACACUUACAUGUUUCUUAUAUAUAACCCAGGUAACACACGAUUCUCAGAAUGUUUUUUUUUUUGGUUGCUUUUUUUAGAAUUCAGUAUUUUGAGGAAAUGUUUGGUAGGUGGUGUAGUUGGCUAUGAUUCGUGGGAAAUGGAUUUACAUUAUGCCUUUCAAUGCUUGCAGUGACCUCAGCAAGGAGAUGGGCACAUGCCCUCAACCAUUAGUACUAUGUACCCUCCAUCUGGGUAUUUAAGUAUUUAAAACGGCUAAUGACGGCAGCACCUGCAAGUUCAUAUCCUGCCACCGACUUUAACUUUCAAAUGGCCAAUCAUUUGGAUGAAAACAAUAGAACUUCUCCCUGUUCUUGUAAGAUGCAAAGUCUGGUAUCACCGAUUCAGGACCAGGCUAGUUGACUUGACUAAUUUGAUAACUGAAGUGGCCAGACGUUUGUAUUAGCACCUAUCUGUCUCGGCUGUGACUGAGGGUUUUUUUAAAUUUAAUCCCAGUGCUUAUAUCGGUAAAACUAGUUUUCAGUAGUUAUGUUGCCCAUAUGUGGGUAUAGAGCCAUGAGAUGAUAGUCCAUUAAUGUCAUUCACUGUAUUCACACCACAACACAUUCAGUGACUUUAGGGAUAACCAGAAACUAACUAGCAUUUGUACUGUACAAAUCUUGCUUUAUACUAAUUUUCUGACUGCGAGACAUUAAAUCGUGUUAAUGGGUUUCAUAGAGUUUUUAUAUAUAAUUUAAAUAUGCUCACUGAUUUUGUUGUAUUCACCUAAUUUAACGUUUUGGAAAUAAAAUAUUGUCACUUUUA